AGGCUUUGCGGACGAGGAAGUGCGCAGCGCGCAUGUGCAGAUUGGCCAAAAAUCAAUAUUUCUAAUUCAUGUUUUUGCGGGCCAAAUAUCGGGCGGCGGAGGCCAUAUUUCGGUAGGCCAAGAUGCUGGAGCCGAGCUCGAGCGAGGAGGAGUCAGAGCCCGAAGUUGUCGAGAACACCGAGGUCCUUUCCAUCCCGGACGGGGGGAGCGGGUACGGGGGCAGCCAGCAGAGCGGCAUCGGGAGCCGGCGCGAUGUGUCCCCGGGCAGCGACAACUCUCUGGCCGCCGGAUCCAGCUCGCGAUCCGAGUCGAUCCGGCCCUCCUCCCCCUCUCCUUCGAUUGUCAGUGAGAAGGAGAAGGAAGACCUUGAGAAGCUGCGGGAAGAAGAGGAAGAGAGGAAGAGGAGGUUGCAGCUCUACGUCUUCGUCUUAAGGUGCAUCGCGUACCCGUUCAACGCCAAGCAGCCGACGGACAUGGCGCGGCGCCAGGCCAAGGUCACGAAGCAGCAACUCCAGACCAUCAAGGAGCGCUUCGGCUCCUUCAUCAGCGGGGACACGCAGAUCGUGGCCGACGAGGCGUUCUGCAACGCCGUGCAGAGCUACUACGAGGUCUUCCUGAAGAGCGACCGCGUGACGCGAAUGGUGGCUUCGGGCGGGUGCUCGUCCCACGAUUUCAGGGAAGUGUUCAAGAACAAUAUUGAGAAGAGGGUGAGGGGCUUGCCUGAGAUCGAUGGGCUGAGCAAGGAGACGGUUUUAAGCUCGUGGAUGGCGAAGUUCGAUGCGAUUUACCGCGGGGAGGAGGACCCUCGGAAGCAGCCGACGCGGAUGGCAGCGGCGGCUGCCUCUGAGCUGAUCCUCAGUAAGGAACAGCUGUACGAGAUGUUUCAGCAGAUCCUGGGCGUCAAGAAGUUCGAGCAUCAGCUGCUCUACAACGCCUGCCAGCUUGACAAUGCGGAUGAGCAGGCCGCCCACAUCAGGAGGGAGCUGGACGGGAGGUUGCAGGCAGCUGAGAGGAUGGCGAGGUUCGUAGUUGGUUCGAGAUGCAGGAAGGCCCAUGUGAAUCGUCAGUUUCCCAGGUUUGUAGUGAAGGAGAUGGAGACCAUGUACGUGGAGGAGCUGAGGAGCUCGAUCAACCUCCUCAUGGCCAACCUGGAGAGCAUGCCCGUCUCCCGGGGCAACCAGGACUCCAAGUACUCCAUACAGAGACUCAAGAGGGCGCAGAAUUCAGCGAUCUCCAUGUUAGAAGUUGCUGAUGACACAGAAUCAGCACUUUCCAAAUCAGACGUAGUCUUGUCAUUUACACUAGAGGUGGUAGUUAUGGAGGUUCGAGGGUUGAAAUUUUUGGCCCCGAACAAAAUAGUUUACUGCACCAUGGAGGUAGACGGUGGGGAGAAAUUACAGACUGAUCAAGCAGAGGCAUCUAAACCCAUGUGGGACACUCAAGGUGACUUCACGACCACACAUCCACUUCCUGUAGUCAAGGUCAAACUGUACACAGAGAGCACGGGGAUGCUUAGUUUAGAGGACAAGGAGCUGGGGAGGGUUGUAUGCAAACCAACAGCAACCAGCCCAAAGCACCCAGAAUGGCACACAAUGAGUCCCGCCAAGGGGGUUCCAAAUGAAAUCAAGGUCAAAAUGGCCGUCAGAAUGGACAAGCCACAGAACAUGAAGCAUUGUGGGUACCUCUAUGCAUUAGGCAAGACAGUGUGGAAGAAAUGGAAGAAGAGAUAUUUCGUACUGGUUCAGGUGAGCCAGUACACCUUUGCAAUGUGCAGCUAUCGCGAGAAGAGGGCAGACCCCAGCGAGAUGAUGCAGCUGGAUGGAUACACAGUGGACUAUACAGAACCUGUGCAUGAUUUGGAAGGGGGUAGGCACUUCUUCAACGCGGUGCGGGAGGGCGACAGCGUGCUGUUUGCCAGCGAGGAGGAGUCAGAUCGGAUGAUUUGGGUCCAGGCCAUGUACCGAGCCACCGGCCAGUCCCACAAGCCAGUUCCCCCCACUCAGGUCCAGAAGCUGUCCAAUGGCCAGCUCUCCCGUAUUCAGGGAGGUGGGUUGGACGGGCACAUUUCACUCUUCUACGCGGACCGUGCGCGGAAACACGGCAUGGACGAGUUUAUCCAGGCGGACCCCUGCAAGUUCGACCACCAGGACCUGUUCGAGAUGGUGCAGAGGCUCACGCUGGACCAUAGAUUGAACGACUCCUACUCAUGCUUGGGUUGGUUCAGCCCAGGACAGGUUUUCGUGCUAGACGAGUACUGUGCGCGGUACGGGGUUCGAGGCUGCCACCGCCACCUCUGCUACCUGAACGACCUCCUGGGGAGGGCGGAGAACGGCACCAUGAUCGACCCCACCCUCAUGCACUACAGCUUCGCCUUCUGUGCGUCGCAUGUGCAUGGCAACAGACCGGACGGUAUCGGCACAGUAACUUACGAUGAGAGAGACAUUUUUGAGGAUAUCAAGGAAAGGCUGAGGUGCUUCUUAGAGAAUCAAAUUUCAAACUUCAGGUACUGUUUCCCAUUUGGAAGACCAGAAGGCGCAUUGAAAGCCACGUUGUCUCUGUUGGAGAGGGUGAUGAUGAAGGACAUAGCCACUCCUGUUCCGCCGGACGAGGUCCGAGCUGUCAUCAAGUCCUGCAUGGAGAAGGCCGCCCUCAUCAACUACACCCGCAUCUCCGAAUACGCUCGCAUCGAAGCUCAAUCUGGAAAAGGAGGAGUCCCCGCCAACAAACCGGUCGGGGACCAGGAUAGUCUAAGUUCUGUCUCCACAACAGACAUGCAAGGGGAGGAGGUUCCCACCAAGAAGCGUCUGGACGACGUCAUCCGGCUGGCUGAGCUUUGUAUCGACGUGUUGCAGCAGAAUGAUGAGCAUUAUGCAGAGGAAGGGAAAGAGGCGUUUGCCUGGUUCUCAGAUUUGCUGGCAGAACACAAGGAAAUCUUCUGGUCGUUAUUCCAAGUCGACAUGGAUUCAGCACUUGAAGUUCAACCCCCCGAUUCUUGGGACAGUUUCCCACUCUUCCAACUCCUCAACGACUACUUAAGGCAGGACGAAAACCUGACCGGCGGAAAAUUCCACAGCCACCUCCGAGAGACAUUUGCCCCGAUGGUGGUGCGUUACGUUGACCUGAUGGAGUCAUCGAUAGCGCAGUCCAUACACAAGGGCUUCGAGCGGGAAACGUGGCUGCCGCAGGGCGUGAACCUUGGAUUACCCGAGGUACCGGUAGACAUCCCCAUGCUUGGGGCAAGUAACGGCUGCGAAACCAGCGAAGACGUUCUGUGGAAACUGGAGGCUCUGCAGAACUUCAUAAAGGAUCUCCACUGGCCCGAGGAAGAGUUCGGCAACCACUUGGAGCAGAGACUGAAGCUGAUGGCAUGCGAUAUGAUCGAAUCGGCCAUUCAAAGGACUCAGAAGUCUUUUGAGAACAGGCUGAAGCGAGGACGAGACAGCCCAGACUUCAGGAUGGCCGUAGAGGCCUGCACCAUGAUUAACGUAGUGUUCGACGCUAAGAAAAAGUCCACCCAGUUGUGCUUCUACAAGAGUCCGGACGGACAGCGGCACAACUACCACACAAAGAUCGACGACUUCCUGGAGAAGGUCUACAACGAGAUGAUUAGCACUCUGGUGGCAAAGAUGGUGACAGUGGUGGAGAGUGUCCUAGCCAAACUAGCCAGGUAUGACGAGGGCACGCUCUUCUCAUCCUUCAUGAAUUUCGGAGCCUCACUCCGGCAGAAGGCUCAGAAUAUCACAGGCAAGGAGACCCCAGGAUUAGAACUGGCAGACUCCUAUAUGUACUUUGUGCGCAUCAACCAGGAUAUCCUGAGAGACAAGGUGAACGACGAACUGUGGACGCUCAAAGCUUUUGAGCAAUGGUACGUAGCAGCGAUGAACAUCAUUGCUGAUUGGCUGAAGGAGCGACAGGACAUCCAGCUGCACAUCUAUCAACUCAUCACUCUUAUGAGGAUGUCCAAGAAAAUGUUUCGUGACUUCGAGCUGCAGGGAGUCAUGCCGAACACAAUCAACUGCGAUUCAUUCCAAACCGUGAAGAAGCGGCUCCUGAUGGAGGAGUCCUUCCACGCCAUGUCGGAAAACGCCCACCAACUCAACGCUGCUGACUCUCUCAGAGAGGACGACACCGAUGACGAGGAUAUGUAAGGGCGACUCUCAUUGGUUGACGCGGUUACAAGACUCAUUGUGAUUGGCUGCAGCAAAGACAAAUCACCAAUAGCAUGACUCAAUGUGCUUUUGGAUGUAUUGACAGGUGUCUAAACAAGAGAGUGGCUCUGAUUGGUCUCAUACAAUGUAUGGUUGAAACAAGGUAUCUCAUUGGAUGCGAGCAGCUCUGAACUAGUUAUGGUUGGUUCUCGAGCUUGGCGCGACCAAUCAGGGCUCUGCUUGUAACUGGACACAUUUCCAUGUAGUGCAUUGUCAAAUGUCCGUGUUACAAAAAUCGUUGUUGUUGUUACAAAACAUACAUGUGUCUGUACAAGCUACAAAGCAAUCAAUUCUUAAUGUAGAGAGACUGUCCUAUGCAAUGUUAUUGUUAUAGACUUCUAAUGUCCCAAACCGAAUUUGUGUAGACGGGCUCUAUUUUAGAAAUGCCACAAUGUUUCUUGUUACCCAGAGUUGACGGACCCCAGCACCCCAGACUUACACUUCGGCAAGAAUAUCACAUGCGAUAAUGUCUGGUUUAAGUACUUAAUUUUACUGUAGUGUCUUAUUAUGUUUGAUUGUACGAGGGCAUUUGUCAACAGAGCUUUUGCCAGAUCAUUAUACUUUCUGAUGUAUGAAAUUUAUAUAUUGUUUUACACCAAAUCAUCCCAUACGUUGAUGUCCUAACGAGAAUGUGCUCUAUUUGUCAUAGUGUCGUUAGACUGAAAAAAAAUCUUGAAUGGAAUUUAUAGUAUAAUGUACAAGAAAAACAAAGUUUGCUGGAGAGAAAACUGGCUAGAGAAUGUGAAAAAAACUCCUUUUUCCUAAUUAAGCCGAAAAAGUACUUUGAAAGUAUGUUAUCGCAAGUGGAAUUUCUUUGCUACUUUUGAGUGUUGGUUUUGAGUGCUGGAUAUGGCGUGACGCAUUUAUACAUGUACGGAAGGGCUUCAAGGAUGGACUCCACAGGUGUUGAGGUGUCUGCAUCACCUUACCUGGCAACGGGUUCACGGAGCAAAGGUUGUAGUUAGUCACAUGGGACGGCGCACGGUGUUUGGUGGACAGAGGGGCUCAGAAAAGUUCCAGUUUCCAUUUGGGACCUUGAAAUUAGCAUCGGCGAUAGCGUUUGCAUGCCUCAUUUAUUUUCCAAACAAAUCGAGAGAUUACGCAUGAAAGCUAGUGAAAAUUUGUGCAAAAGCUUCUCAGAAAGAAACGUCGAUUUUUAAUGUGGGCUACAAAAAUGUUUGUUGAUUUUUUUCUCAGAAUUUUUUACGAUAAUCGUUAAAUCUUCAUGACAUGGUACUUAUCUUUUAACUAUUUCAAAGCAACCUCUGGGUAUAACAGAUUUUUAAACAUUCCUCCUCCUCAUCAUCAAUUGCAGUUGUAAUAACAAUAAUCUGACGUUUCAGAAGUAGGAAGCGACGUCAGGAGCGAUCAAAAGUGGUAAAUGAUUUUAUUCCCUCCUGACGUCACUUCCGACUUCCGGAACGUCACCGCAGUGAACCAGUCGUGUGAUCAAGAUCGGCGAGAUCGACUUAAAAUUCUUGAUGAGUGUUUGCCUUGUGUUGGAACAAAGCUCAAACUUUUUAAAAAUCUCUAUUACUUUGCUGGCAAAGUUCUUUCAUCUUUUCUUCAUUUUAAAUGCAUUUAUAUAAAGAUUUAUUGAAUUGUGUAAAGAACCCAUUUGUUAGAAUACCUACUUCUAUUCUUUGAUUUGAUUUAAUCUAUUCGGCAAAGUGUACCCAAUAGAUCUUAUGAACAUUUCUUUCUGCAUAUUAUCUACCCACCGUUGACCUGUUUGGAGCUUUUAACAGGGGUUUGAAAUAUUAAUACAGAAAUGGUAUGUCUCCCAGCUUGGACAAAGAUUGGAGAUGUGUAUUUUUAAUUCGUUCUUAAAAGCAGCAAUUUUGCUACUUUUUUUAAAAUUUGCCUCAAGCAUGAAAAAACCAGAAGGAAAUCACUACUUGGCUAAUAUUGCCGUAUUUGGCACGACUCCUUGUAUGGAUAUAGAAAGAACUUCUAGAAGUAGGUCAAAGGUUCCUGGAAGUAGGUCAAAGGUUCCUGGAAGUAGGUCAAAGGUUCCUGGAAGUUUGUACAUGAUUUCGAUGUCUCUUGUCCAGCAUCACGUUGGUUUCCAAAUUUUUCAUUGCAAAAUUAUGGUAAAAGGCGACAAGCUCAUUACAAAAGUAGAUCUACGUUGUGCGCUGAAAAGACGUGUUUAUUUUCAGUAUUACCAUCCUAAGUCGCUUGUGUACCCGCAUGGAUAAGUUAAUAUAAGCUAAAGAUUAAGAUGGUAUGAAAGAUGUUUGAGAGGUACUGCAAGUAAGAGGAAUCGCACUUAUUCUGUUCUUGCUGUACAAUGUAUAACAGGUGUUUGUUAAUCGGUUUUCUAUGAUGAAAAUAUUCGUAAUGAGUAUGUAAUUAUUUGAGAUCAGCAAAUAUUUGGAUUUUAGAGGAGCGUGGAUGUUUUAGUCAUUACUGUCCAUUUCAGUUUUUAGCAUGGAACAAACCAAAGCUCUAAAUGUAACCAUAAAGUUGUACAGCAGUAUCUUGCGUUAAUGCUCCUGUAAUUAAUAAAAAGAGAAAUGUUUUAGAUACUAUAGAUUAUCCUAGACCUUAUACCCUAUUCGAGAUUGUAUGUCAUGUAACAUUAUGUUGAUAGCCCAAUUUUGACUGUCACGAUUUUAUUUGUAAAUAGACUGAAGAUAUUUGACAUCAUGUUAAAGUUACGAAAGAGAUUUUACUUCAGUCAUAUAAUGCAGUUAUUCUGUAUAGUCAUAAUAUA